UUGUUUCUUGACUCGUUUUCCUCCCACUCAGUCAGUGUCGAGAAGGCAGUAAGAAACCCCGUGAGUGUCGGCAUUUAACUGUCAAGAUACGGAUUAACGUUACAAGCCUAGCAUUGGGAAUAUUUCUAGUUCCGACUAGCAAACUGCAAAAUAUUAUCUUCACGCCCCAGCCAUGGGUAUGAACGGGACGGCGUGGAGGGGAGAGGAUUUAAAUUUCUCUUUUGAUUUGAACUAAACGCACCAGAGCAGAACCGAGCUGCUUUUCCUUGUGUUUCAGUGUUUGUCUGAGAUACAAAAAAAAAGUUGUUGUACCUCGAUUACGGAACAACAGAAUCUUUAUAAACGAGUCUGUUUUUGGGAAGUAUUUUGGUUUUCCUGGAUAGCGGCUCACCCAGUCUGGAUUGACCGCUGGACUUGGUCCUGAAAAUGGAGGCUGUGAUCGAGAAGGAAUGCAGCGCGCUUGGAGGACUCUUCCAAACUGUUAUCGGAGACAUGAAGAGCAGCUACCCUAUUUGGGAGGACUUUAUCACAAAGGCCGGCAAACUGCAGUCCCAGCUCAGGGCGACGGUGUUUGCUGUGGCGGCCUUCCUCGAUGCCUUUCAGAAAGUGGCCGACCUGGCUACCAACUCACGAGGUAGGAACAUGCACAACAAUUUAAAGGCUGGAGUGUAUGACUAGUGGUCUUCUACUGCAAAACUACCCAUGAUCUCUGGAAGGAAUCGGUGUCACUUUCAGUCUUGAUAGACACAGUGCUGGAAGGGUUAAAUCAUUUAACUCGCUGUUAAACAGUAUGUGUGUCUGGGCACCUGAGUGUCAGUAUGUGUGUCUGUGUAGCCCGACUGUGCAGCUCCAGUCUUUCACCCCGCUGUGCUGAGACGUUUUGUGGGUUGUUUGCUUUAUCGCAUGGGUAGUAAAUCAGUCACUAUGCUGUUUUGAAGAUCUGCUGCUGGCUUUUGUCUUCGACCUCUGCCCCCUUUCCCCCUGCUUUCUGCCCCCCCACCCCCACAUAUACUCCACCUCUGCUACAUCUGGACUCUCCCCGUAGAGUCUGCUCCAACUCUGUACGCGUAUGAGAGAGAAAGAGAGAGAAUGAGAGCUCUCAUCCCUCCCUAGCUUUGACACCUCAGACCCUGCUUCAUACUAUUAAUACUAUUAAUGUGAACUGAGACAGGCACGCACAUUCAUCACCUCACUUUCUGUGGAGAAAAAUAGGGGGGAGAGAGAGAGAGAGAGAUGGGGGGAGUACAGGGAGUCAUAAUUCUCUCGCUCCCUCCUCCUCCGUCUUAACGCACACAGUAUGGAUGUUUACUGCGAAGGAGUCAGAUUCACUGCGCUGAAGAGCGUCAUCUUUCAUCACUUUCUCUUACCACGCUCUCCACAUAUCUUAUGUUCGCAGUAUUGCAUUACACCGGCUUCGCUGUACACCUGAGCUCCUCAUGGAUAAUGUGUUAUAGUGCACUGUUGGCUGACACACUGCUGUCUGUAUCAGAGAUGGAUAACCCUGUCCACCUGAUAAUCGUACCAGGGUAUUAUAAGGAGUCUUUAUUAUCUGGAUUACGGAUUAUAUUUUCAUUUUAGGCUCCAGUUGUAUAUAUUCCUUUUGCAAAUUCCUAAAACGUUUGUAUCACACCCUGUACCUCAGACUGGUGCUGUACACUGUAAGGGCACUACUUAAGCCUGUAAGCCUUUCUUUAUAGCUUAUCAUACUUUGUAUAAGCUUAUGAAUGCUUUGACAACAUACUAUAGCAAAUAGCUUUUAAUAUGUGUGUAUCUAUCUGUGUUAUUCUUUGUCUUCAAACAGUUGUAUUUAUAAUGCUCUGUAGACUAGUUCAGUGCUCAUAACAACCUUCAGCUUGAUUUAUUCUUUGAAGUAGUUCAAAUAUCUGCUGAAAGUUAUAAACUUGUGCGUGCGUGCAUGUUCGUGCGUGUGUGCGUGCGUAGGUUUGAUGUUAAAGAGCAUCUGCAUGGUUUAGUGUCUAGAUCAGAUAAUGGUGGUCAGGCUAGUACUGACACACACACCAUUUUAUGUUUGCUCAUCAUGAUAAGCCAGAGGCUGCUGAGGCCACACUAUACAAAGAUGAUGACUUCUUUCCUUCAUCUUUUCUAUCUUCUCCGUGUUCUUGCUUCUUGUCCUCCUGUGUGUCUGAAACCUGUAUUCAGGUGUUUGUGGAUCAAAGGUGUGUGUGUGUGUGUGUGUGUGUGUGCGCGUGUGCGUGCGUGUGCGUGUGCGUGUGUGUGUGCGUGCGUGCGUGCGUGUGUUAAGGUGCCAAAGUAAAAAAAGGAAAAACAUCCCUUUAUCUCCCCACCACCACACCAUAGAGACCGCCAACUGUUAAAGUGCUGCUGUAAUAAUAACAGUAAUGAAAGCGCACCAAUAUAAAGGUAACCUGAGCUUUGACAGUGCACCUGUUGAAGGUUAUUUAGUCUCUUAAUCAGGAGAACAAGGCUUUGGGCCGCCUUUUGUAAACGGUUGAACUAUUGUCGAGCCUUGCAGACAUUGGCAGUGAUGGGAGCUCAUAAAAAUUCAACGCUUGAGCACUUGACUCAGCAGACUUUGAUAUGAGACAGUAGUUAUGUUUAUAGGUGUUUAGAUGAAAGUGACUUGGGGACCUUUUUAUCAGUGUUAUCACUGAAGCAGCACGAUCACAAGCUUGAAAGACACAGAAGUCUUUUUCAAAUGUGAACCUUGGACCGCAAAGCUGUGUUCUCAUAUGCAUCUCUGCUCAAUUAUUUAUAUGUUAAAUGCAUACCAACCAUUUUAUAAUAACACUUCCAUUUAAGGACCAUUCCAUUUUCUUUUCGCUCAGUUCCCAAUGUGGAUAAAACCUGGAAUAACUACCAAUGAAACAUUCUUCUGCACAGGUAGCCCCGGGCAAGACCUGUCUCACUCAGGUCCUUAAUACAUUUCCAGUGCUUAAUACCAUCUAAAUAUGGAACUUUUGUUCCCAUUUGAAAUUCAUGAAAGGUGGAUUCAAGGUCUUCAAAUACCUCAAUGAUUUCAUUAAGCUCAGACUAUUAAGGUACAGUAACAGGAAGACACCUUAUUCACAGAAGCUUUGCCCAAGAUUUAUUUAUGAAUUUUUAAAUAUCUUUGAUUGCAACAGCUAUCAAAGAUAUUAUAAUCUUAACAAUAAUUGAAAUGGCUUUUAAUUAAAAUGUGCUUUUUGAUUUAUGGUGAAAAAGCACUGUCGCUAGAGUUGGAUCAUGCAAAACACACCAGAGUUGUGAAACAAUCUUCCAGUAUAAACACCAGUCAGUGCUCAUUGCAUGAGCUAAUCACUGUGGUGCAGUAAAAACCUUUGACUGAGUUUUGAAAACAGCAAAAGUCUGUAGCUUCAUGUAACUCUCAGCUGUUUGAUGUUGUUUGUGUUUCUGCAUUUGUUUAAGUGCUUUUUGCAUCACAUGGGCCAGGUUGAAAAUAUCCAAUUAAAGCAGAGUUCAGGUUGGAAAAGAGAUGAGGAUUAAGAUGAAAGGAUUAAUUUGUAUUACCAAAAUAAACUCUGAGUAUGCUUCUUUUCAUUGUCAAGAUUUGUAAAGGUGAAGUCCAGCUUACCAGUUUACAGUUGAGUGAAACAAAAUAACCGGAAUGCCAAGUGGAGAAAGUUUGAAUGAAUGAAAGAAAGAAAUACUUAAGUUUCCAGACAAAGCCUUUCCUUUCCACUCUAUUGGAGCUUACAGUGAACACAGACACAGUAA